AUGGCGGCGCCCAUGAGUGAGGGGUCUCCCGCUCUGGAGCCUGGCGCUGCUCCCUACGGCAACUUCCCUAAUUAUUCCCGCUUCCACCCGCCCGAGGGGCGAGUCAGCCUCCUGCCUGGCGGGCUCUUGCGGAGCCUGUUCCCCGCGGCGGCCCGCCCGCUGCUGGGGCUCGAUGUGGGGUGCAAUUCGGGGGAGCUAAGUGUGGCUCUGUACAGGCAUCUCCUUGGCCUUCAGGAGGGUGAAGGCAGCCUGGACCAGCCUGCAGCUGGAAAGGAUCUGAACCUUUUGUGCUGUGAUAUUGAUCCGGUCUUGAUUGAGAGGGCUCAGCAGUGCAGCCCCUUUCCUGCCUCCAUAUCCUUUGCCAACCUGGACAUCAUGGACUCCAGUGCCAGGGAGCCAUUCCUGAGCUCCUACCUGGGCCGUUUUGGCCGCUCCACCUUUGACAUCGGUUUUUGCAUGUCCGUGACCAUGUGGAUCCACCUGAAUCAUGGGGAUAGGGGCCUGAUGGAGUUCCUGUCCUUCCUCUCCUCUCUGUGCAAGUACCUGCUGAUUGAACCUCAGCCGUGGAAGUGCUACAGGGCAGCUGCACGCCGCCUGCGGAAGCUGGGCAGAAAUGACUUUGAUCACUUCCGAACUCUUGCUAUCAACGGGGAUAUGGCGGAGAGGAUAACCCAGAUCUUAACAAAGGACUGUGCCAUGGAGCUGGUCUGUUGCUUUGGGAGUACCAGCUGGGACAGAAGCCUCUUGCUUUUUAAAUCAAAUGGCUCAAAUCAUGAGGGCAGGGAGUCUUCAGAACAGGAGCAGUGAC